AAAAAUAUUAUUAAAUUUCCGUAAAAAUGUCCGGAUACAAGAACGUGUUACUGAGACAUUUAUCCUACAGUCUUUAUAUUUGUUAAUUCUUUACAAAUAUAAAGUUCAUUAAAAGAGAAAGCAUUUGGUGAUUUAAGCGGCUGUUUUCAUAUCCAAAUUAAUUAUUUUGAAAGAGGCACGUGUCAGUUUUUACGUUGCUUUAGAAUGUUGUAAACGUGGCAAACCAAUGUGUAAGUAAAGCAUGACCGAAACUUUAUAACUUCAAUUUGCUUUCGAUUUAUGUAAUUUGAGUACUCUUGAACGAUCACGAACUCGCCCGGUCGGUCUACACGUACAUAAAACCGAGGAAAAUUGAGUGUAUCGAUCCAUAAAAUAGGUUUCUGCUUCAGGAAUAUGCAUGUACCCUAAAAUUAUUUAAUGUCGUAAUUCCUCUAACGAUACAUUAAUUAAUCGAUGAUAAUUCAUACGCGGUUACACAAGAUAUUCACAUAAAGAGAAUUCCUUAGUAUGCUUAUUCCAAACUUGCUUAAAUCGCUUGCCUAUACAUAGCCACAUCGAUCUGUUUUCUAUUUCCAUUCGAUAUUCAGGUUUUAUGCAAAAAAACACGUCGCAUAUAAUUUAUUUGAGUGAAAGCGAUGUAUCGACGCACGUUCCGCAUACGCAGUUUCUGUCUAUACUGGAGGAUGGUAUACGACAAAGUUACAUCAUUCAAGGCAGCUGCAAUUCAUCAGCAAAAGCGUAUUGUCGCGUCAAUAUCGCUGAAUUUUAAUCGAUUAUCAAUCGAUUUUCGAAACUAUUUAUCUAAAUUCGGCAUAUUUUCCAUUCAAUAAAUCACAUAAGAAAUUAAUUUCUGAAUAAAAAAAAAGGGAGAUUCUCCCGAUUUAAGUCAUUAAAUUAAAUCGACACUGACUUAUCCUUUUUUUAUCAUCUAAAAAAACAUCUUUAAAAAAAAUACAAAAAUAGAAAAAACGAGGAAAAUAUAUAAGUAACAAAAAGAGAAACUGGAGAAGACGACACGAAAUUAUUUCUCCGUCGAUUGCGAAUUCGAAGCGAACUUAGACAAAUGUUAGAGCAACCGUCAGGGUCUGGCAAGCGGAAAGGUGGUUGCGCAAAAAGAAGGCUGUUUAUAGAAGGUGCGCUUUCUACGGGUCUGGUAGAGUCCCGCUGUCCCUGGGUGAGCCUGACUGUAGGCAAACAAAAAGAAUGUCGUGCCGAACGCGACAGAAACGCGACGCGUUUCGGUGUGAGGAGAAGAAGAACGAGAAGAAGCGGCAGAAAGCGUGGGAGAAGCGGAAUGCAACGAUCUCAACGAAGGACGCGAAGUUUCGACAAUUCAGUGGCAAGAUGCAGUCCGCUAACGUUCCUCGCGUUUUACUCGUUUUACUGAUAGUUGCAGUUAUCACGUCAGUCACUGGAAAAUUGCAACCUGUCAAACUUUUCGCGGCGCGGAAUCGUGCUGUGCUAAGACGGAUUGCCAUCUCCCGCGAGGAAAAGUCUAAAGUUUGUUACGAUUUACUUGGUUGCUUCGCGGAUCCACCGCCGCAUUUAUCAAUAAAACGACCGCCCGAGCAUCCUAGCGUAAUUCAAACGAGAUUCUUGCUCUACACACGUGAGGAGCGACAAAAUCCGGAACCCUUACAAUACGGGGACGACUUAAAAUCCAUUAUACAUUCCCGACUCAAUGUCAGCAAGCCUCUCAAUGUGUUAAUACACGGUUUCAAAGGCAGUGGAAGCGACGUCGGCGUCAUACUUGGCAUAAAUUUUCUUCUCGACAUAGAAGACGUGAACCUCAUCAUCUUGGACUGGACGAAGGGAGCGGGCACCACUUACGCAGCUGCAGUGGCAAAUAGCGAGCUAGUUGGCCGGCAAUUAGCUCUAGUGCUAUUAGACGCCAUCAAUUUGGGAGUUGAUCCUGUCGACAUCCACAUAGUCGGUUUCAGUCUUGGCGCACACAUAGCUGGCUGCGCCUCGGAAGUACUAAAAAGAAAGAAUUUGCUGCUUGGCCGCAUAACAGGUCUCGACCCAGCGUCACCUUUCUUCAGGCAUCAUCUGUUCAGAGAGAGGUCGAGAAAAUUGGAUGCCACCGACGCCCGUCUCGUCGAUGUUAUUCACACCGAUGGUUCGCAAGAUUUUAUGGAUGGCUUUGGCCUACUUAAACCGAUCGGACACAUCGAUUUUUUCCCCAAUGGUGGCAGAGAGCAACCCGGUUGCACUGAUAUUAAGAAUUCGGUGGUGGUCAGUCACUUGAAAGAGGAUUUAUUAGACAAGAAUAUAGCAUGCAGCCAUUUAAGAGCUUUUCAACUUUAUAUGGAUAGCAUCCGCUCGCAAAAUGAAGAAUGUAAGUUCAUCGCGUGGCCCUGUCCACAGAGAGGAAUGUCUUAUGCAAAAGGAACGUGCUUUCCUAUGGAAACAACACAUUGGAAUCAAGAAAUGGGUUAUGCGGCUAAUCGUGGAGCCUUGGGAAUUUAUUAUCUAGCAACUAGAGCUGAAACACCGUUUUGCGGUCAAUCAGUCAGAGCAUCAGUGAUGAUGUCCGAAGGCAUACAAAAAACAUCUGGUAUAUUGUCUUUCAAAAUCUUUCUCAAUAAUUCCACAACGCUCUUCAGAAUUCAAUGCACUCAUGUAAACGAGCGAAUGACGUUUUACAACAUCGCAGCUGUGGAUUUUAACGCGUUAACGGAAGAUAUUGCAUCGAUCACCGGUGUCAUUUCAUAUCAGUCCACUGCCAACAAGACAGAGGAGGAAACUGCACGAAAUCCGGACUCGGAUAUAAUACUUUUUGAUAAACUGGCCCUCGAAGAUCGUAAAGGCCAUAGGUGGGAAUAUUGCCAAACCAAAACUGUAAUCAAUUCACACGAGAUGCAUGUAAAAUUGAAAAAUGAACACUGUACACCAGUAUAACGUACCACCACCACCACAAUUUUAUAUAUGAAUAAAAAAAAUGGUUUUCAUUUACUUGAGUGACCAUUUUCA